GCGUUGAAGUUGGCCGGUGGUAGCAGAAUGACCGUUAACGUCACUAACAAAGCGCGGUGACAGUCCGAGAGAGACUCGGACUGAAGUGGGAAGCGAGGCGAGGGGAGGGGAGGGGAGAUGGGGUGCCAGCCCGAGGGAGGGAGCCCCUCUAGAGAUGUAGGGAGGUGCAGCUGCUGCUGCGGCGGAAGGCGAAGUGAGGAAGUGCACUGCUGCUGCGCAAUGCAAUUGGGUGGGGGAGGACCAACAUGGGGGGAGAAGCUGCAGCUCCUCCCGCUCGCUCUUGCUCGAGGCGCUCCGGCGACGAAGAGCAUCUGCGCCGAGGCAGAGGCAGAGGCCGAGGACGCGAUGACGGAGCACCCUCUGGUGCCCCGGGCUCCGACGACGACCUCGUGAAUUGCCUAUCUGGUGAGCCAAGAUCCCAGAUCCCAAGGUGAACGACCUGUGCACGCCGCUCAGUCGUCGUUCUUGUUGUCGUGGGGCACAUGAGAUUCUAGUGGGAUCGAGUUCGUCUCGAGCGUUCCUGCGCGUUGAAUUCGGUGUACUCAACUGUAGGUCUGAGAACUCUGACUUCUUCACUGCACCAGCGGGGCUCGAACAGCCAGCUGGUCAGUUGGAAAUUCACACCGUUCAAGCAAUCUGCUAAAUUCGGGGAAGUGGAAGAGAUUUCUAUGGAACAGAGUAAACACGCGAAUUCGGCACGCAGACUCUGAUCUGUGUCUCGGUCCUCGAGGGUAGUAGCGAGGAACAGUACUGACGACUCCAUGGGAAAGCCUUUUCCUUCCUCUUUGGAACUCAAGGCCAUCCUCUUUGACGUGGAUGGCACCAUCACCGACUCUGAUCCGCUCCAUUUUCAGGCUUUCAAGGAGAUCUUUCAACAGAGUGGGGGCAGGCAGGCUUUAACAAUGGAGAGCCCAUGACCAAGGAGUAUUUUCUGAAGCAAAUCAGUGGCAAGCUCAAUUCUGUAAUCGCCGCCGAGCAUUUCCCCCUUUUGGACGAACCGGCUCGAGCGAAGAUCACGGAGGAGAAGGAGGCAAGAUUCCGCAGUCUUGCGAAGGAACAUACCGCUGAAAUUCCUGGGCUCUCGAGGUUUGUGGAAUGGAUCAAGCAGCGGGGCCUACGACGGGCGGCGGUAUCAAAUUCACCUCGAGAUAAUGUAGAGCAAGUUAUUUCUGCCCUUGGGCUUGAUGACUUCUUCGAGCUGGUUGUGAUUGGCAACGAAUGCGAACGACCCAAGCCCUUCCCCGAUCCGUAUUUGAAAGCUCUUCAGCACUUCGGAGUAUCAGCUCAGCAAGCCCUUGUCUUCGAAGAUUCGCCCGCAGGAACCAAGGCUGGAGCAGCGGCAGAAAUUGCAGUGGUGGGACUCACAACCGGCCAUCCAAAAGCAGCGUUACUGGCUGCAGGAGCGAGCUUGAUCAUAGAGGAUUAUAACGACGCCACACUCUGGGCAAAGCUGCAACGUGAGUUGGGUGAAAGUGAACAAGAGGAGCAGGUUUCACCAGGUCUUCUUGUGCAAGGCCCACCAGACCUGCUGCAACUUGAACGAACUGAUCCGAAACAAGAGGUUGUACAAGGAAUACCUGUGGCUCAACCAGAACCGCCUCUCCAGUCGUCAACGACGUAGCGUGUAGAUUCGAGUGUUGAUGACCAAAAGACUCGACCGACCGACUUCAAAAGCACAGGUGGCUCGCUCCCAACGAGGGCGAAGUAAUAAGGUCGAAUUUGCAUAUCAGCCUCGACAAUGGAUGCAUGACCAGAGAAUUCAUUCAACACCAAUGUGCUAGCCACCACUAACGAAAGACAAGGGUGGCAAUAGGAGAGCAUUGACUUUAUAAAGACCUGUAACUCCAGCAUCAGGAUCCAGUCGGGCAUAAUUUCAAAGAAUUUUCCAGAUGCGAAUAGAAAUUUUCUAGUACACUGAAUGUCGCGAUGGUACAGGGCCUUAUACAAUGGGCGGCUUUGGGAACAUUCACCGUACACAUAAAGACAUCACAACUCUCCCUGAAUCGUAAAGUCUACACGCAAUCACGUCCUCUCAUGACCCAUUGUGAUCGGCAGGUCCGACAAUCGUGAGGUUGUCCAGUGAGUGCAGAGCUUCCCAAGCGAAUGCGAUCCGAGGAGCUCCCAUCGGCCAUUACAUUACGUGACUGUACUUAAAGUUUAGCAGACGACCCGCUUGCUUGCUUGACGGGGAUCGUACCGUUCUCCUCCGUCGUACCACGAGCGAGCGGUGUGACCUUGAAUCGCUACGGUUUUGGCAAAGAUUCAUGCUGUCCCGCCCCAAACGAAUCACCAGGAGCAAUUGAACUGCGCUGCGCGUA